AUGUCUCGCUUGGAUCUCGUAAUUUUCGGCGCGACGGGCUUUACUGGUAAGCAUGCCGUGAUGGAGAUGUACCACAUCGCCAAGAAGUAUCCUGGCAUGAGCUGGGGAGUGGCGGGUCGAUCAGAGGACAAGCUUAACAACUUGCUGAAAGAAGUCUCCAAGAAAAAUGAUGAGGAGUUAUCUUCAGUGAAGGUGAUAUCAGCGGAGGUGUCAGACGAGGCCUCCCUCCGGUCCAUGACGGCCCAGGCCCGCGUGCUGGUCAACUGCUGCGGGCCUUACCGUCUGUAUGGGGAGCCGGUGGUCAAGGCUGCUAUAGACACCAAGACACACUACGUGGACGUCAGCGGGGAGCCGCAGUUCAUGGAGACCAUGCAGCUAGUGUACGGGUCUCUGGCUCGCGAGGCGGGCGUGUUCAUCAUCAGCGCCUGCGGCUUCGACAGCAUCCCCAACGACCUCGGCGUCAUCUUCAUGCAGCAGAACUUCGAAGGUACAUUAAACAGUGUGGAGUCCUAUCUAUCAGGCGAGGUGCCUCCCGAGCACAGCGGGGGCGGAGUCGUUAACUACGGGACCUGGGAGUCGCUAGUAUAUGGUGUGUCGCACUACGACGAGCUGCCGGCGCUCAGGCAGAAACUGUACCCUGAGAAACUACCAACAUACAAACCUAAACUAAAGUCAAGGUUCGUGCUUCAUAAUCGUGACGGCUGGUGUGUGCCAUUCCCGGGCGCGGACGCAUCCGUAGUAUAUCGUACGCAGAGAUAUCUACAUACAGAGGGCGCGCGACCAGUACAGAUCAAGACGUACUUACGGCUACCAUCACUAAUAUCAGCAUUACUAACUAUUUUAAUGGCUGGAUUGCUCUUUAUUAUGAGUAAGGUGUCAUUGACCCGGUCGUGGCUACUCAAGUACCCGGAGUUGUUUUCUAUGGGCGCGGUAAGACGCGGGCCGGCUGAGGACGCUAUACGGAAUACUAAGUUCAAGUUCGAGCUGUAUGGAGAAGGGUGGAAAGGCGACUGUGGGGCAGAACCUGAUAAGAAGAUGACUGUUAGGGUGUCGGGAGUGAACCCCGGGUACGGCGCUACGGUCCACGCGCUGCUGCACUCCGCUAUCACUAUACUACAACACAGGGACCGCAUGCCCGCACAGGCGGGCGUGUUGACCCCGGGCGCGGCGUUCCGUAACACGGACAUCAUACAGAGACUCAACGACCACGGCCUGAAAUUCGAGGUGGUGCGCGACUAG